GGGCACCCAUGGGUGCUUAUUGCCAUGGUUAAUGUCAUUGGAGACCCCUGGGUGCUCCCUUUUGGUGCCAUGGGGGGACCCAAAGGUGCUCACCCCCGUGGUUGGGUGCCACGGGGGACCCCUGGGUGCUCCUUUUGGUGCCAUAGGGGAUCCCUAUGGGUGCUCCCCCUCAUCCCCACAGUUGAGAGCUGGUGGGGGAAACCUGAGGCUGCUUCCCCUUGUCCCUAUGCUUGGUUUAUUGGCACCUAUGGGUGCUGACCCCCCCUUCCCCACCCCGUGCAGCCAGCAGGAUGCCCAGGAGUUCCUCAAGUUCUUCAUGGACCGACUGCACGCUGAGAUCAACCGCAAGGGCCGCAGGACCCCCAGCAUCCUAUCAGACACCCGGCGUGCCCCCCACCCCGAGGACACCGAGACCAUGAGCGACGACGAACGCGCCAACCUGAUGUGGAAGCGCUACCUGGAGAGGGAAGACAGCAAGAUCGUGGACCUCUUUGUGGGGCAGCUGAAGAGCUGCUUAAA